AUGAAGUUUAUCACACGCCUGCCCAAGAAGAAAAGCGUCCGCCCACCGCCGCCCGCAGAGGCACCUCGAGACUCGGCCACGUUUGCCGAUGGCGAGAUCUCGCCUGAACUCGUGCCCAUCGUCACGUUGUUGUCGUCGCAGGCCCACCGACGCUAUUAUGAAGGAAUUUUCAUGUUGUAUUAUGAUUUGAACGGCGACGGCAAGCCCGGCGACCGCCAAUGGAAGGAGGUGUACGGUAUCUUGACCGGGAACCAGCUCGCGUACUGGGACGUGGCCAACUUGGCCGAGUUCAAGAACCUGCCUGAGCGGCUUCUCGAGUCUUCAAGCAAACCCAACUACCUCAACUUCACCGACGCCAUUUUCAACGCCAUGAAGGUGCUUCCUGCUGCGAAACAGCAGCUUGAAAACGUGAUCAUCGUGCUGACCACGAUGAAGAACAGAUACAUCAUCCAGUUUCGUUCGUUCGACAUGCUUACCGAAUGGUACUUGGCUCUUCGAUUGGCCACGUUCGAGUACCAGUCUUUGCAAGAAGCCUACACUGGUGCGCUCUUGUCGGCGCGUGGGCUGCGGUUGUCCGAUAUCCGCACGAUAUUGGCGGAAAAACGCUUCAACCACCAGGACUGGGUGAAAAUCCGCUAUGGCUCGGGCAUGGCAUGGAAACGGUGCUAUGCGGUGAUCGAGCCGCUGACCAGCAAGCGCAAAAAGUUCAUUCCGGGCCGUAUUGUGCUUUAUGAAAACGAAACAAUGAAGAAAAAAGCUCUCAUGGGUGUGAUUACCCACGCCACGCUGGUGACAGCCGUGUAUCCGCAGCUGCCCUUUUUCAUUGACCAGAGCACCAUCAUGAAGCUCGAGGGGGCCAUCAAUUUUGACGUUGGCUCAGGAAAACCAAAGAAAAAGGACCACAAUGAAAACAUGGAAACGUCGCUCUUUCUUAUGCCCGAGCUGCAUUCGGCGGUGCCUGGUUUUGACACCUUGAUCCGGUUUUUGAUCCCGCUUUUCGAUGCCUUUGGCUUGUACGGCCGCCCGGCCAUGUUGAAGGCCGACCGCAUUGACCCGCAAUCUCUUUUGUUCGGUUUGCCCACGUUGCCCCACGUCCACUAUCUCAAUUUGUCCGACUUGGAGUCCUUAACGGGGUCGGACCAGUACUUGGAAUGGGACGCCCGCACGUGGAAAAACAACCUCAAGCGUGUGUUGCAGCUGAAGUUGGCGCAGGGCUAUGAGGGCUGCGGUUCAGCACGUGGCUUCCUGGGCGCCAUCAACUCGUUGAACAGCCCGCUGCUAGCAAGCCCAGGCACGGCCAAGUCGUCACCAACAACGAUGCGGCUGGUUUCUGGGCCUGCGCCGACAGACCGCAUUCUUCCGGCGAAACCACGCACAGCUUCUGGGUUCGCCAAGUCGCUGAGUCCGCCUGCGUUUGGCGCCAGCCCGUCUGGCGUUGGCGCUAGUCAGUUGGGCCAGGCUGCGCCGGUGUCGAUGCCGCAGAUUGCCGUUUUGGGCGAAGACGCUCCGAAGCUCCCACCGUCAGACCCCAAUAGGGAAGUGGCCAGCCGAGGCCAGCGCAACGUCAACAACUUGGCCAUCGACACAGAGGAGCCCACGCGCAAGUCGUUGCAGUUGGCAGACAUUUACCACAAGUACUCGAAGAUCCAAACGCCGUCGGACCGCUUCAACGACAGGAACGAGAUCCUCAACGGCAGCGCCGAGGAGCUCGACGAAGAAGCGCUCCCCAGCUUGAUGCGCAAAAAGUCGUUGAUGCACGGGCCAUACCCAACCACAGAGAGACACUUGUUGAACGCCAGCGACGACGACGAAGAAGAAGAGCAGGACGAGGACGACGAAGACGACGACUACUCCUCGGCCAGCCUGGUGCAGAAAGAGCGGCCUCUCAAUACCGGCUUACUAGUGCCAAGUGUCGAGAGGCUCGAGCAGUCGCACUCGCCCAACACCCAGUACUCGGAGUUCAACAAGCAGUUUUCUCAGGCCGUGGACAGGCGCUACGACACCGAGCUGUCGGGCUCGGAGGAGCUUUCGCCGCCGCCCAGCCCGCCCCGCCACUCGCAGGAGGCCGAGCGGUUUUCUGGGCUGUACCAGGCGCAGCAGCUUCCGCAGAUCCAGCAGAUCCAGCAGUUGCGGUCGCAGCAGACGGUCAACGCGCCGUUGCAGAGCCCUUCGGCCGCGCAGACAUCGUUUUCCGACCAGCACCGCCUGGCCCAGAAGGCACCGGCCCAGCAGACCCAGCAGACGCAAGGGGGCCAGAAAACCGCGAUUCAAAAGUCAUCCGCCGUGACCAACUUGAGCCAUAACCUCAUGCGUGAGGAAGUCGCCUCUCCCACGAGCGAACAUUAUCGGCCGCGGUAUAUUCUGUCGCCCAACAGCUCGCAGAACCAGGUGCAUCAGUUCGCAGAUGUGCGGACGGAGAAGCCACAAAGCCUGCUGAAAGAAAACGGCCUGCUUCCGCCGGUGCAGACGUCUCAUAAGAUCCCAGCUUACGCGCAAAACACGGCUUAUGCCGCCUAUGGCCAGCCUUCGUCGCCUGGAACUAUGAAUGCUCCUCGCUCGCCUGUCCAGCCGUUUCCAAACGGUCCAGGCCAUCAACCUGGCCUGCGUCCACAUGUUUCGGGCGGUCCUCUGGGACCUUCCGGGCCUGGACAAUACGGACCGGGCUACGGCCAGCAGUAUGCUCCCGCGCAGAAGCCUGGAAACCAGAAACCGAUGACUCCUCAAGCCGGUGGACAGAAACCGGGCCAGUAUCCAGGCCAGCCGGGAGGCGGACACUAUGCUGCUGGAAACAAUGCGUAUCCACCGCAGAACUAUCCACGCCAGAACUUCCCUCAGAACCACUCGGCUCAGAACUAUCCACUGCAAAACCAACCACUGCAAAACCAACCACCGCAGAAUUAUCCACCGCAGAAUUAUCCACAGCAAAACUACCCCCCUCGUGCUCAGUACCAACAAAGGCAAGUUAGAAGCCAACCAGGACAAAAACCGCUUCCCAACCAAAUGAACCAGGUCGGGCAAAGACCACAUCCAGGCCAGCCUAGCCAGCCCGCACAAAAGCCACUUCCAACCCAACCAGGUCAACCGCAGGCUCGUCCGGGCGACCACCCCUACCAACAGCGUGUGAAUGCUUCGCAACAGUACCCACGGCCUGGAACGACAACGGGCCAGAACCCUCUGUCUUUCCGCUCCUAUGACGGAAAUCCCUACCAGUACCAGGUUCAGUCGACAUACACGCUGCCUGCUCCAGGACCAGCGAUGCACAAAGGUCCAGGCGAUGCUCGAGGCCAAAAUCCAAAUGCCAAAUCAGACUCGCGACAGGGAGGUUAUCGCCAGUACUAG